GAGGAGGAGGAGGAGGUGAGGGCUAGAGAGCUCAGCUACAGAGUGCAGUGACAGCGCGCACGGGCUUCUACAGCAUAGCGCUUAUUUAUUCAGUACGCAGCUUUCUGAUCUCAGUCAACACGCUAGGUCCGAGUGAGGAAAGCAGACAUGUCACAGGAGAAGACGGGCUACCCUGUAAUGGGCGAGAACAAACCCCUACACAAUAACGUCUACGGGCCACCCCAGCCCGAUGCGUUUGGGAUGCCUCCACCCAACUACAGUCAGGCUCCAGGAGGACUCUCUUACCCAGCACCAGGACCGUAUGGACAACCAGGAUUUCCUCAGGGGGCACCAGGGUUAGCUCCUGCACCGUAUCCUCAGAUGCCCUUCCCACAAAUGCCGUACGCUCAGGGUCCAUAUCCACAGGGGCCAUAUCCUCAAGGGCCAUACACUCAGGGCCCUUACCAAGGGCCUGGACAGCCUGCUUUUGGUGGCGACCCCAAUGUUGCUAUGGGCAGUCCAGGGUAUCACAGCGGAGAUGGGCCUCCUUCAUAUUACGACAAUGAGGAAUUUGCCAACUCGGGCUGGGAGGACAAGACAAUUCGCCAAGCCUUCAUCAGAAAGGUGUUCAUGGUCUUAACCGUACAGCUGAUGGUGACAUUCUCCUUCGUCGCCAUCUUCACAUUCGCAGACGACGUCAAGCUGUUUGUACGGCAGAAUCGGUGGACGUACUACGUCUCCUACGCUGUCUUCUUUGUGUCUCUCAUCGCGCUCAGCUGCUGUGGAGAUUUUCGACGCAAACACCCCUGGAAUCUGGUGGCACUGGCUAUUCUGACUCUCAGCCUGUCCUACAUGGUGGGGAUGAUCGCCAGCUUCUAUGACACAGACACAGUCAUCAUGGCAGUGGGCAUUACUGCAGUAGUGUGCUUCACCGUGGUGCUCUUCUCCCUUCAGAGCAAGUAUGAUUUCACUUCCUGCCGAGGUGUGCUAUUUGUGUGCCUCAUCGUGCUCCUGCUUUUCUCCAUCCUCUGCAUCUUCAUCCGUCACAAGAUCUUGCACAUUGUCUACGCCUCCCUGGGGGCUCUGCUCUUCACCUGCUUCCUGGCUGUAGACACUCAGCUUCUCCUAGGCAACAAGAAGCUGGCACUGAGCCCUGAGGAGUACAUCUUCGCUGCUCUGAACCUCUACACUGACAUCAUCAACAUCUUCAUCUAUCUCCUGGCCAUCGUGGGCCGCUCUAGGGAGUGAGCAAAAAUAGAUCAACGAAGAAGAAAAAAAAACACUGCACACGCGCGCACACACACAGUGUUAACAUUGCACUCGUUUUCUCAUAUUGUCUCUCAGUGUGUGUAGACCCUUUGUUCCAUAAUUCCCUUGGGUUUAGCAGAUAUGCAGGAAGGUCAGAGUAAUAGCUCUAUGCAUCCAGCAGACUUGGUGAUCACACCAACGUAAAGGCGCAUAUAUAUAUAUAUAUAUAUAUAAAUAUAAAUAUAUAUAUAUAUA